UAUUGUCCUUGCAACAUUCCUGGAGAAUGAAAAAGUGUCCAUAUCAGUUGUCUUGGGCCAUGCUGUCCAGGAGGUUGAAAUCCUGAAAGAAGGGGACGAUGAAAUGAAGCAACGGCUUUCUUGCAUAUUUGCGCCUGAAGAAAGCAAAACCUACAGCCCAGAGGAACUUGAGAAGAGGAAGAACAACUUGAAGACUUGGCUAGAAACAAACCACAUCCCCGUGACAGAGCAAGGUGAAUCGGGAAGAACACUGUGUGUGGCAGGGGUAUUAACUGUGGAUCCACCAUACGGCCCAGAGGAAUGCAGCAGCUCCAAUGAGAUUAUUCUGUCUCGGGUUCAAGGCUUAAUACAGGGCUAUCUUGAAAAACAACAGUGA